AUGUCCGACGACAUACCCUCUGUCUCCUCACGGUUCAUCUCCCAAUCUGAGGUCGAGCAGGCCAAAGCCAACAGGGAAGAACAAUGGCGUGCUGCCUAUGCGCGGCUGGGGCAGGAACCGCCGCCUCAGCAGCAGGAGGUGGUUAGCGAUGGGAGGAGCUUGUAUGAGAGGCUACAGAGUAAUAGAGUGGAGAGGGAGGAACAGUGGCAGGAGCAGCAUAAGCUCAGCAAACAGUUCCGCGCACUAGAAGAAGACGAGAUUCUUUUCCUCCAACAAAUAAAGGAGAAGAGGAACGAAGAGGAAAGAGUGAGGAAGGCAGAGGAGAAUAAUGAAUUAGAGGGGUUUAGAGUAGCGGUCGCAGCGCGUCAAGUCGUCCCCCCACCUCCUGUACCAGGCGCGUCUACCCCUCCGACAAUAUCAAAACCUCCUGCGCCGACCAAGAAGCCCGAAGCUGCUAAGGGAAAGCCUAUCAAGAAGGACCAGAAGUCGUUGCUGACGGGGGUGGUACUGAAGAAAAGGGAGAAGGCACUUCCUGCUCCGGUCACCCCCAUCCCUACCUCUGCCACAUCUGCAGCUCCGGAACAGAAGGAAGAAAAGGGAGGUGCUGCACCUCUGUCGCCUGAGGUCCCCAGCGGGAUAGAGGCGAAGCGGAGUUUACCAGAGGAGGGUGGGAAAGACGGCAAACGACCACUUCCCGAUCAAGAUGGGGAAUCAUCAGAGGCCAAACGUCGAAAGGUGUGAUUCAAGAGACGUAGGAGAGAAGGCGAUGCUGUAUCAAU